AUGUUUACGCUUCGCAGGCGGAAGAGCAGCAACAGCGAGAGUGAGGGCGUGGUUGAUCGGCACACUGCCCAGUCGCCAUGGUACCGCGGCAAUGCCGUUCCAGAUCUCAUCAUGCAGGAAGUGGAUGACAAGCCUGAGGGCUACUUCCUCAUCCGUGACAACGCCGGCGAGCCAAACUGCUUCAUCCUCACAUAUCGUGGGACCGGCCCCCAGACGCGGACGGUGCACAUCACGGGAACGCCCGAAUCUGUGAGCAUUGCAGGCGCCGCGCAGCAGUUUCCAAACCUCCUCGAACUCGUUGCCUACUACAGCAAACCAAACGACGUACUGGCCGGGCGAUUGCUGCCUGACGCCAAGACGCAGAAAGUGAUUGCAAAUGUCGACAAGGCCAAGCAGAAGACGCUCACAAAGUCAAUCAGGAUGAAUCUGAAAGCGAGCCAGAAGAAGGGCACCAUCAAGCGGCUGCCCGGUGCGAAGUACCGCCCAGCAGAUGUCGCCGACCUCCUCAUCAGCAGGGGUCUGGGUGAGUACGUGCCGAUUGUGAAGAACAACAAGAUUGACGGCGUUUUGUUCCUGAGUUUGGACGACGCACAGCUGCAGGAGCUAGGCGUUGCGUUGCCUGAGCACCGACAAGGGAUCCUGACACUGGCUGAUAUGUUGUUGCGACAGCUCGAUCCCGAGCGUGCGCAGGAGCGAGCGCGGGAGCGGGAGGAAGCGGAGGCGCGGAGGCGGGCAGAGGAGGAGAAGAAGGCAAAGCCAAUCGGACUCGUGGCUCGCGAAAUCGCCGGCAAGCUGCACUUCUUUGACACGGAGACGAACCAGGAGAUCUUCGACAUUGAUGCGCAUCAGGCGCGAAAGCGGCGCGAGCUCGCCCUCAAGCAGGGCCACGCAGCACCGGUCCCCGCACAGCAGGCGCCCCAAAACGUGUCUGUCGAGUACAACGAGGACUUUUACGGCGCUGCAGACUCUGUUGUUCCUGUUUCGCCGCCGCAGCCGCAACCGCAAGAAGACGACAUGUACACGGCACUUCCACAGAGGUCGUUUGUGCCUGCGCCGGUGAGUGCUGCACCGCCACCGCUGGCGCCGCGCGGCCAGGCGCCAGCGCCUCUCCCACCACGACAGCCCGCCCCGCCGCCGUCAUCAGAUAGACCCCCAAUCCCUCCACCUGUUGCAGGCAGGGCACCAGUACCUCCACCAACAGCAGACAGACCUCCCAUCCCUCCACCAGCAUCUGAUAGACCCCCUAUUCCUCCGCCAUCAGCAGACAGACCUCCCAUCCCUCCACCGACAGCAGACAGGGCACCCGUGCCACCACCCACCACCGCCACCACAGCAGCACCCACAGGCAGUGCACUGGACGACAUUGAAGGGUACGGUGACCUGCCCGGCCCCACCCCCGCUGCACCCGUCGCACCGCCACCAGGCGGCUCGAUGACGAUGACGAACGCAACGCGACCCCCGCCCGUGCUGCCGCCGCGGCCUGGUGACAGCAGCACGCUGCCGGCCAAGGCAUCUGGGUAUGCGCAGCUGACGAUGGCCAACCCUGCCAUGGCGGAUUCUUACGCCAGCCUCAACCCGCACAGGGACGGGCCCAUCACUUUGCACACGGAUGGCGACUCGAUCAUUGAUGCUGCGACCCGCGCUGCCGCCUGCCAGCAGUUUCCCGGGUCGUUUGCGCUGCACUACGUGCAUCAGGGCGUUGUGCACGACACGAUUCUGGAGAGCACCGCCUCUGGGUUUCGUCUCCCGCAGGACGGCGGCGACUUCUACACAGACCUGCUGUCGUUUGUUGAUGCGAGCACGGCUGCGGUGGUGGGCAGCCUGCCGUGCAAGCUUGUGCUGCCACGGCCACUGCACGCCAUUCUGGAGACGCGGCACCGGCGCACGGCGGACCAGGACCUGCAGCGCGAGGACGACGCCAUCGCCCGCAUCCGCCAGCAGUCCCGCAUGAUGUCGUCUGCUGUGUCGCGGCCACGAUGGGAUAUGCGGUCCGCUUCCCGCGCAGAGGCACUCGACUUUCUCAGAACGCAACCACCGGGGGGAUUUGUGGUCCGGAGCUCCGAGUCGUGUUACGCGGCACUCAGCAUCCGCGCAGGAAACGGCAAGGAGCGACACAUGCAUAUCGAACGCGCCACCAAUGGCGUGUAUCUGAAGAAGCACAAGCAGGUGUUCCCAGAGCUGGAUGCGCUCAUUGCGUUUUAUGCGGAGGCGGAGCGACCCGAGCUGGGCAUCCAACUGCGGCCGUGAUGCUUUUGAUGUUUUGAUGUUUUGAUGCUUUUGAUGCUUUUGAUGUGAAGAUUCUACGGGUGUGUUUGUGUGUGCGUGUUAUUGCGUGUUGUGAAGCUGUCGUGAAUAAAGCAUUUUCCUGUGCA